CGCCUCCCACUUUCACCCCCAUUGUGGUGAAUCUCCGGCUCUCACACACUUUGCCAGACUUCCAGGAGUUGGAGCGACUGACCGCGGACGGAUCACCGACUACGAUAAAAAAAAAAAAAAAAAGAAAGAAAGAAAAGAAAGAAAAAAAGAAAACCCCGUGUCUUCUCUCACGCAUGGAUCUACUUUCUUCUCUUGAGGGAUUUCCAGGAGCUGCAAUGGUGACCGUGGCUGGGGAUUUUGGAGACUAGAAGCCGGAGAGAAACGGCACACGUCUCCUACUCUGCAAAAGUUGUGAAAGUAGUUUCCCCUUGAAGUUUUCCUUCCGCCACCAGCUCCGACUCCCGUGUUUCUCCGGUCUGUGGACUCGCAGCCAUCAUGGCGAGGCGGACGGGGGAGAAACCUCUGCUUUUGUCGCCGAAUACGCGCGCUGCUCUCUGGGAUAAACACCACCGCUUUCACGGGGGAUUUCUUGCUUUUUCUUGGAGCUUCGCUAUAAUGUGCUCGGCCUUUUUUUGUGGAUAUUGUGGAGCCGAGACGGAGUUUUCCAUCCUGGAGGAAGCUCAAGUUUUGGCCGAUCAGAUGAAAAAGCUGUCCUCUCAGGAGCUGGGAGUCCUAACCAUGCAGACGAUUUUCAGCUCGUUUUCGUACAAUGAGAAAACAUCAAACGGAGAGACAGAAGUGCAGCAGUUGGCCAAAAAGAUCCGUGAAAAGUUUAACCGCUACCUGGACGUGGUGAACCGGAACAAACAGGUGGUGGAGGCCUCGUACACCGCUCACCUCACCUCUCCGCUCACUGCCAUACAGGACUGCUGCUCCAUACCCGCAUCUAUGAUGGAGUUUGAUGGAAACUUCAAUACCAACGUCUCCAAGACCAUCUGCUGUGACAGACUCUCCCCUAACGUCAACAGCCGAGCUUUCAACCCUGGACGGGACCUCAACUCAGUGUUGGCAGACAACCUGAAGUCCAACCCGGGGAUAAAGUGGCAGUACUUCAGCUCAGAGGAGGGCAUCUUCACCGUCUUCCCUGCACACAAGUUUCAGUGCAAGGGAAGUUACGAGCACCGCAGCAGGCCUGUGUAUGUAUCUGCAGUGCGACCCCAAUCCAAACACAUCGUGGUGAUGGUGGACCACGGAGCGUCUGUAACUGACACCCAGCUUCAGAUCGCCAGGGACUCGGCGCUGGUCAUCCUCAACGCCGUCGAUGAACAUGACAAGAUCUCCAUCUUGUCAGUGGCAGAGGCGGUUCGCUCCUGUUCUCUGGACCAGUGCUAUAAGAGUCUGCUCUCUCCGGCCACCAGCGAGACCAAGAGGAAGAUGAGCACCUUCAUCUCCAACAUCAAGGCGUCAGAUGGAGCCACACAGCACGCAGCAGGCUUCCAGAAGGCCUUCCAGCUGCUUCGAAACACCAGCAGUCUCUGCAAACAGAGUGCCACCACAGACAUGGUGAUCAUCUACCUGUCGUCCGGUAUCACGUCUCGGGAUUCGUCGGAGCAGGAGAAGAGAGCGACGCUCAGUGUGGUCAGAGAGGAGAACCGACACCUCAACAACUCGGUCAUGAUCCUCACCUACGCUCUUAUGAACGAGGGAGUAACAGGCCUGAAGGAACUGGCCUUCUUGAGGGAUCUCGCAGAGCAGAAUUCGGUUAAGUACGGCGUAGACCGAAUGUCUGACCGAGACCGCUCCUUUUUGGCGUCGUCGUCUGGAUCAGCAGGAGCUUCAAUGAUGCCGGUGGUGAAGGGAAGCAUGAUGGUGCUAAACCAGCUGAGCAACCUAGAGACAACGGUGGGCCGCUUCUACAUCAAUCUGCCCAAUCGCAUGAUCGACCUGGCCCGUUUCAGCCUGCCCUACACCGACCCUAUGGGAGAUGGGUUUAUUAUGACCGUGAGCCGGCCUUGUUAUUUCGGUAACCUUCUCCUGGGCGUGGUCGGGGUGGAUGUGAACCUGGCCUACAUCUUGGAGGAUGUCACCUACUACCAGGACUCACUGGCCUCAUACACCUUCCUCAUUGACAACAAAGGUUACACCUUGAUGCAUCCAUCACUGACACGGCCCUACUUGAUGACAGAGCCUCCCCUCCACACUGACAUAAUACAUUAUGAGAAUAUCCCAGGAUUCCCUGUUGUCCGGCAGAACAUCCUCAGCCUCCCUCUGGGCAGUCAGGUAAUUUCUGUCCCAGUCAACUCAUCAUUGUCCUGGCACUCCAACCGACUGCGGGACAACAGCAAAGACGCAUACAACGUCAGCUAUGCCUGGAAACUGGUUCAGGACACGUCUUUCAUCCUGUGCAUCGUGUACGUGCAGCCGGAGAUCCCAGUGAAGCAUCUGAAGAACCUGAACACAGUUCCCAGCUCCAAGCUACUCUAUCAUCGUUUAGACCUGCUGGGUCAGCCCAGCUCCUGCCUGCACUUCAAACAGCUUGCCACAGUUGAGUCCCCCACGGUGAUGUUGGCAGCUGGUAGUUUCUCCUCUCCCUACGAGCACCUCAGCCAGCCAGAAACGAAGCGCAUGGUGGAGCACUACACCGCCUACCUGAGUGAUAACACCAGGCUGAUAGCCAACCCAGGCCUCAAGUCCUCUGUCAGGAACGAGGUUAUGGCGACCAGUCACGUCACGGAUGAGUGGAUGACACUAAUGGAAAUGAGUAGCCUCAACUGCUACAUUGUGCGCCGUUACAUAGCAACGCCCAGUGGGGUGCUCCGGAUUUACCCCGGAUCACUGAUGGACAAAGCCUUCGACCCAACCCGCAGACAAUGGUACCAGCAUGCGGUGGCUAACCCCGGCCUUAUCACCUUCACUGGACCGUACCUGGAUGUGGGCGGGUCGGGCUACGUUGUCACCAUCAGCCACACCAUCCAUGCCUCCAGCUCUCUGAUGGCCCCUGGAUAUGCAUUUGCAGUGAUGGGCAUAGACUUCACCCUACGCUACUUCUAUAAGGUCCUACUGGACCUGCUGCCCAUCUGCAACCAGGACAAGGGCAACAAGAUCAGGUGCUUCAUAAUGGAGGACAGAGGGUACCUGGUCGCUCACCCCACUCUCAUUGACCCCAAAGGUCACGCCCCUGCAGAGCAACAGCACAUCACACACAAGGAGCCGCUGGUGGCUAACGACAUCCUGAACCAUCCCAACUUUGUCAAGAAAAACCUGUGCAACAGCUUCAGUGACCGCACCGUGCAGCGCUUCUACAAGUUCAACACCAGCAUCAUGGGGGACCUAACCAACCUGGUGCAUGGUAGCCAUUGUUCCAAGUACCGUCUGACCCGAAUCCCCGGCACCAACGCCUUUGCUGGUAUCGUCAACGAGACAUGUGACUCAUUAGCUUUCUGCGCCUGCAGCACCGUGGACCGGCUCUGUCUCAACUGCCACAGGAUGGAGCAGAAUGAAUGUGAGUGUCCAUGUGAGUGUCCCCUGGAGGUCAAUGAGUGUACUGGCAACCUCACCAAUGCUGAAAACAGGAACCCCAGCUGUGAGGUGCAUCAGGAGCCAGUCAGUCUGAAUGUGAUUGAUCCCAGUCUGCAUGACACGCUGCCCCAGUGCAUCAACACUCGCUGUAGCCAGAGAUACACCAGCAGUGACUGUUUUGGCGUGCUGGACUGUGAGUGGUGCAUGGUGGACAGUGAUGGUAAAACCCAUCUGGACAAGCCAUACUGUGCCCUUCAGAAGGAAUGUUUCGGGGGCAUCGUCGGCGCCAAGAGUCCCUAUGCGGAUGGCCUGGGAGUCCUAGCAGAUGAGGAGGUGGCAUCCCUGAACAUGAUCAAGAGCGCCCCUGUGGGUCCAGUCGCUGGGGGAAUUAUGGGAUGCAUCAUGGUUUUGGUGCUGGCUGUGUAUGCAUACAGACACCAGAUCCACAGGCGUUCUCACCAGCACAUGUCACCACUGGCAGCACAGGAAAUGUCAGUGAGAAUGUCCAACCUGGAUAACGAAAGAGAUGAGAGGGAUGAAGAAAGCCAUGAGGACAGAGGAAUCAUCAGUAAUACUCGAUUCAUCGCCGCGGUGAUCGAGCGGCACACUCACACACCUGAACGGAGACGGAGGUACUGGGGUCGGUCUGGGACAGAGAGUGACCACGGCUACAGCACCAUGAGUCCGCAGGAGGACAGUGAGAAUCCACCUGGGAACAACGACCCUCUCUCGGCCGGUGUCGACGUCGGUAACCACGACGACGACCUCGACCUAGACACGCCUCCUCAGACGGCGGCGUUGCUCAGCCACAAGUUUCACCCCUACCGGCACACGCAUACACACCACCACCCGCUGCACAUGCACACGCACCACCUUCAGGCUGCGGUCACCGUGCACAGCGUGGAUGCAGAGUGCUGAUCGUCAGCGCUGCAUUCAACCCCUCCUGCCAGGGACGGAACUUGUUUUUAUUAAAAACAAUUUUAAAAAACAUUUGUGCUGGACUAGACGGCACACAGUAGGUACUGUCUGGAUGGACGGAGGGAGAGAAAAGCUACAGCUGGACUCACAGUGUCACUGGGCCGCUGAUAUCUCUGCCAUCAACGGAUGAUUAAUAUGGGUAUUAGCCUCAUGGUCUCAUUGUGCCAAUAUCUCAACCCUUUUUUUCCCCAACCCAGUCCAGCAUCUGGCAAGUGUACUCAGUAUUACACACACGUCAAAUGACCAGACCUGGGCCAAUAAAAAUGAGAUUUUUUGUUGGUUUUCUGGAGGAAUUUGGCAGAAUUUGGUGGAAUUUGGUGUAAGAGCACACAAAAACACUGUUUAAGCACAUUCAUUAAGAAGAGGACACAACUGGAACCUAAAAUCCUUAAAGCAGAAGAGGGGUCUUCAUUUCCAGGUGGAAGGCCAUAGAAAAUACUUUAUAGGACCAGAGGAUAAUCACAUUAACAUAGAAAUCUAGAUGCUGAAUGGACCCCUUUUGCCCCAGGCUUCCAUUCCAGCAUCCCCACUGAGCCCACUUGUGGUGAGGGGCAGGAGGGGAACAGAGCCUCCUUCUUUGUUAAAAUGUCUCAGAUGAAGAGUUAAAAUACUGUAUUUUUGCAUUGAACAGGAUCUAAUGUGGGAUUCUAUUACAGCUUAUUUCUCCUCAGUUUCUGAGAUAGACACUCCCCAGUUUGUUUUCUCUGAAAGAUAUUUAGACAUUUUCAUGAGUGUCUGUGAACUUCAAAGUGAGUUUUUUAUUUUUUAUGAUUCACAUAAAUACAGGAAGAAACACUUUAAAGAGGAAAAUAUUAUUUUUCUACUAUUUAUUAAAGGGGUAGAUUUUCAAUGACUAGCAGCUGGAGCGAACACAAAACAGAAAGUAGUCAGGACAAGUGAAACGUAACAACCCACUUCCUGUAAACAAUGCAUCAUAUUUAAAGGUCAUUAUUUUCCUAAAUAUCUGUGACUGGUUUUGUUUAUUUUGAAUUUUAAGUAUAUCUGAUUUUACAUAUUUUGUGCUUUUAUUUUUCCUCCAUAUUGAGGGACUCUGGUGCAUAAUCAUCAGAAGCCUAUUUGGAUUUUAUUUCCACUUCUCUUUUCACUUUCUCACCAGAAGUUUAUUCUGAGCUAUCCCCUCCACGAGGAUAUCAUAUAUACCAUAGAGUGUGUUUAAAAGUGUCUUCUUCAAGCUGGAAACAUUAUUGGAUGAGCAGGGAUCUAAACAUCAAAAUCAGAUCUGCUCCUUAAAAAUAAAUCCAGGUAUUUCUCUGUGAUUAUAGGUAAAAAAAAAAACAAUACGUUAGCCUUAAAUCACAUCCUGUCCGUCAGAGUAGUGAGGAGAAAGUAGUCCUGGACAUAUUUUUCUUUCUGUAUUCCCCAUUCUGAAUCGAUGAGGUCUUUGUGUAAUUGUAAGACUUGCUCUGCUGAACAUCCUCAUUCUGGACAUGUCCUCUGUAUCAGGAGGCACAACUCGCUAUGGUCACUGGCCUUUGUAAGCCUCCUGGGGAUGGAGGAGGGAAAAGUGAAACUAACACCAGAAAAACAUUCCUGGCUUUAGUCACUGCAGGAGAUUUGGUGUGUGAGGAUAAUUGGGGAUCCUCACAGCGGUCCUGAGAGAUUCACAGAGACUGAGUGCUGUCCCCUCUAUCUGCCUGAGUAGGAAAAAAAAGAAAACCGUAUAGAAAGCUCCCGUUUUACCAGAACUUUUUUUUCCCCCCCCUGAGGCCAAGCUGAUGCUGCAUGUAUGUUAAGGUUGUGUGCUGGAUUGGGUGCAAAGCUGGUUGAAUUUCCAGUAAUGCCCAAGAUGGAGUCUCCUUCUCAUCAAUAAGAGUGUAAGAGGGAGAAAUGCUGCUGCUGUUGUUGUUCAGAGGUUACACCCAUCUGUCAGCUCCUCUGUGGUUAACCACUCAAAAUGUAUUUUCUACACGUCUCUGGUUUAACUGUGUGUGUGUGAGCGUGCACGUGUGUGUGUGUGUGUGUGAGAGAGAGAGCGAGGGAGAGAGAGAGUAGAGAGAAUGAUAAUCCACCUGGAACGUUUUUAGCAUUAGAGAAUUAAAGUUGAAAUUAUUAUGAUUGAGAAAUCCACUUAUUUUUUAUUCUGAUGAAGAGUCAUCUGACCCGAUCUGUGCUUCGUGGGUUUGAUUGUUCAACUGGCCAAAAUUGCGUCAGUGUGACAUCCGGUUUUUUUCCUGGAUGCAAAAAUGUCUAUUGUUUUUCAGAGAUUCAUUAUGAAGUGUAAAUACAGAAUCACAAAUAGCUAUUAACAUCCUGUACACUCCAUUUUUUUUAAUGUUGGUAAGACAUGAUUUAUGCUUCAAAUGAUGCUCAGAUAUUCGGGUGUGAUAUUUAAAAAUUGUCUGUUCAUGGUUUCUCACUAUAUUUUUGAUGCCUUGGAUGUUUUUUAGAUUUAUUUUUCUUUAGGUCCAUAUUGGAUGGAAGUCAGUUCUUGGAAAAAUGUAUACACACACUUUUUAUGUUUGAGAUAUUUCUAGUUUUUUAAGUUUUUAUCAUGUGUCUUUAAAAUGUUAAAGAAAGCUCAUCUCUCCAUGAACUUAUUUAGAUUUGCAAAAUAAACGGUACUAAAUCUCUUUUCACGGAGUAAUGACCAAAAUAACAACCAUUGUGAUCUCAUCAACCUUAAAAAAAAAAAAAGUGAUAAGUAACUCAAGACUUGUAUUACAGAGAGGUUUAACAUCACAUUUAUGCCAUGAGACCAUUUACUGUCGGAAGUUUGACCAUAUAAACAACAUUUAUUUACUUGCAGUCAUCUUCAAUCGUACAUCAUUUUGGUUCAGUUGGACAAAGGAGCUGCCUUGUAGCAGGUCUGGGCAUAUAUUUCGAAAAGUGUGUCGAUUUUUGGCCAAAUUACUUUUUACUAAAUUGAGUUUGUUUUUGAAAAAACUUUUUUCUGGAGAACUUUUUAAACAGUAUUUACCAGCUGUUGUAAACAAAUAUGUGUGUCUGUGUGUGUAGGAUACUCUCAUUAAUUAAUGUACUGAAGGAACGUGUACACCAACCCCCCUCAUGUAUCAUAUAAAGUUAUCAAAUUGAGAUUUAUUGCAAUGUGAAUGUGAUAAAGUCCA